UUCACUCCACGGCUCAGUCCUCAGUCUUCCUUCCAUUAUUCCAUCUUAAGUCUUUGGGAAUCUCUCAUGUCUCUCAGUCACCUGCAGUGAAUCACUACUUCCAGGGAGCGCUUGACACUUCGACUUAUAUUCUUGGCGAAAGAGCCAACUCAACUGUCAUCACAGAAUCACUUACACCCACAACAACCGCCUCCCUCCCUCACUUCUGCUUAUCAAACUUUCGAAACAACGAGCACAAAAAAGAAACACCUCUACUUCAAUUCGACUCAUUGCAGUUGGUCUCAUAUUUCCUGCUCUGUCCAUUCUUCACUUCUAUUCCUGAAUCUCUUCGACCAGAGCAAGUCCCAGACGAGAAGAGCUCCUAACAACGACAACAACUUCCGCCUCGUACAAAAACUUGCCUCCCUACCUGUUCAGUCACGUACCUCUCGAGAAGAGAAACUACCUCCAAGUCCAACUGGAUAACAACUUCCUACUGGUUCACAUGCCUGGGAUCGUUCGCCAUCCUGCCCGAGUACCCUGACUGAAUAGCCCCCAAAGCAAUAUUACCUCAAACUCUUACCUUGACCUCUUAGCUUUGGAUAAAAUGUCGCUUUUACCUGCACAUCUUCUUCUUCUUGUCGCGGAGCAUGCAGACUUUGCCGGCAUUCAGGCCCUCCGCGCAACAUGCAAGAACAACCGCGCUCUCCUGGAUGGCUAUGAACACGCCGUGACCAGACUCAACGCCGCCCGCUAUCCCUGCGCACCCUGUAAUCACAUCCUGGCCUCCGACACGCGCGAGCGGGAAGUGCUCCCGAAAGACACAUACGAAACCAUUCGGGAACUGGAAACCAGGCAACACAACAUCGACGAGAUCGUCUACGGCGCAUACCUGGCGUUCUGGGAUGAAAUCGAGCUCCAGGAUGCAUCAAAAGCGGGCAUCAUCCGAGAAAACCUCAAGCGCGCCUUAUGGCAGUGCUCGACGAUCGCUGACUUGGAAACACAUUCGAUCAUGUACAGGGACGACAUCGUCCCUCGACGCGACCCCUGCGUCAAGUCCUUGAUUAACCAAGACAUCAUAUUGAGCGAUGCUCCACCACCGGAUGGCUGGCACCUAGCCCUCAAGGAGGUCCACGAGUCCAAUCGCCAGGACGUGCGGUUUCGCCAGAUUGCACACAUCCGUGAGUUGCCCGUCCAGGAGCUGGCGGGCAUAGUAGCCCUCGCCCACCUCACAAGCCAGGGGUAUAUGCGAUUUAGGGCGCCCAGAAGUGGGCUCUCGAGACCCGAUGUCGUCGAGAUGGGCGUCUGUAUGGCGGAAAAUACCAUCCGGCACGGCGUGUUCUUUCUGCACUCCAAAGUGCGCGGGGACGAAGAUGCCAACCACCACGCCAAACUGCUGCUCGACGAUACGUAUGACGAAAUGCGGCGGUGGGAGGCCGGCGAUCCGAGCGUGCUGCCGGGUCUGACGAUGAAUGUUGCGGCGGCAUUGUGUGAGAAGGUCGGGUGCGAGCAUCGGGAAAUGCUGAGUGCCGCAUGUACGCUGCUGAGGGGUGAUGUCUGGCGACCGGCAGACGCGGAGAAGGAAGUAGCAGGGCCUGAAGCGGAGCGGGAGAAGCCAGACGGCGAAAUUGUACAGGACAUUUCGGAGAGGGCCGAGGAACACGCUGCCUGAGACUGUACGGGAUAAACAACUCAGGAUAUUUAUGUAUUAUGACCUUACACGAGUUUACUACUAAUACGGCUUUGUCUUCUCCCUCUGCUUCUAUACCGUGUACCGUGUGUCUUUGGCACGAGGAGCUGGAUUGGUGGCAGCAGUAGUCGGAACAAAAGUGCUUGAUCCUCAGAGCUUACCACGGACAGGAGGUUUAUUAGGACGGGGAGACCUAGGAGAGAAGAUCUCCGCCCGGCCGCCUUCGACGCUCUGGUUUCCUAACCCGGUCAAAGACCUACUUACUUGGUAGGGUGUCAAGCAUGGCAAGCUUGCUGGGGCGCUUCUCCAGGGGGCCGAAUUCUCUCGGACCGAGUUCUCUCUUGCAUUGACAGAC